AUGACACGUUACACCGCCCUUCCUCUCCUCCUCCUCCUCGUCCUCUCCGCCGCCCCCGAUCACUCCUCCGCCGCAGUCUCCGACUCGCUGAAAGACGCUUGCGCCAAAUUUGUCUACCCUGACUUCUGCCUCAAGGCGCUUGGAGACGACCCCCGCAGCGCGACCGCCGACUUCCAUGACCUCGCCCUCAUCUCCCUCGACCUUUCCGUGGCCAGUGCUAACGCUAUCAGCUCCAGUUACGCCCAGCAACGCCGCGAACCGUCCCUCGACGCUGCUGCCAAGAACUCGCUGGAUGGCUGCCUGCUCCUCUACCAGAAAUAA